AUGACACGUAUCAAUCGAGAACAUAUGCAAAAGCGGAUUCUACAACACUACAUCAACAUAACAAACAAACAAAACCAAAUUACAGUAAAACAUUUUUUACAAGAAAAAGCUCCUCGUCAAACCAUAUAUAGUAUCAUUAACAAGUACGAAGAUUCUGGCUAUGUUGGUGAUAAACCAAGAUCAGCAGGCAUUUCUCUGAGGCGAUUAGCGCCACAAUUUAAAGUUAGUUAUCAAACAAUCUCUAAUCAUUUGAAACCAAUGGGCACCCAUUAUUAUAAAAAACAACGAGCACCAAAAUAUACGGAUCAGCAGCUCCAAGAAAUACCGACUCAUGCACGUCGAUUAUAUCGCAUAUUGUCAAACAACGAUUUUGAAUUACUAAUGCAUGAUAAAAAAUAUUUUUUAUUACGAGAUCAAUUUGUACCAACUAACCGUGGAUUGUGCACUUCUGAUAAACGUACUACACCACCACAAAUCAAAUUUUAA